UUAGAUUCUCAUGUCUCAGGCUGAGCCCUGAGGCGGACUCUGGUCAAGAGACUCAAGAGUCAAGAGGCAGUUCUCAGUUGUCGAGUGUCCGCGUGCUCGCACUGUUGUUGAGGGAGGACGAGGUGGUGACUGAAGUUUUGCGUUGAAACUGGCUUCAAAAACGAAGAGAUAUGUCACAAGACGAUACGUCGUUCAGUGCAGCUGAUUAUGUGGUCUUCAUUGCUUCCCUGGUCAUUUCGCUCGGAAUCGGAAUCUACCAUUGGUGGAAGAGCCGAGGUUUGGACAACAAAGACUUCCUGUUGGGGAGCAGGACGAUGUCUCCCAUUCCGGUAGCGAUCUCACUCUUCGCCGGUAUCGUCUCGGCCGUGUCUAUCCUCGGCAAUCCCUCAGAGAUGUACUUUUAUGGAUCCCAAUUAUGGAUUAAUUGCAUUGGGACCAUUAUCGGCGCCAUCGUGGCGGGUAUCGUCGUGGUGCCCGUGCUGUACCCGCUAAAACUCGUCAGUUUGUACGAGAUUCUGGAACUGCGCUGGCGGUCGCCCGUCCCCAGAAAACUAGCAACGCUGAUGCAGCUCUUCCACUACAUCACUUUCCUCGGUAUUGCCCUCUACGCCCCUUCUUUAGCCUUGUCCGUUGUGACUCCUAUGCCACUGGAGGUCUCCGUCGUUGUCCUAGGCGUUGUCUGCACUGUUUACGCAUCAAUGGGCGGCGCGAAAGCAGUGGUAUACACGGACACGGUACAAGCAUUCAUCAUGCUUGCAGGAGUCUUGGCCGUGAUUAUCAAAGGAUGCUCCGAAGUUGGAGGCGGGACAGAGUCCUGGAAGAUCGACAAGGAACACGGUCGAAUAGAAUUUUUCAACAUGAGCUCAAACCCACUGAUCCGCCACACGUUUAUGAGUACGAUGAUCUUGGGAAUACAAAACUCCCUUAGUAUCUUCGGAGCCGGCCAGUCUCAGUACCAGAGAUGGGCGUCUGUUUCUACCAUCAAGGAAGCUUACGUCGUCAUUGCUCUAGCAAGCUUCCUGCUUGUGGCUGUAUGGUCACUCAUCAACUAUUCAGGCUUGGUAGUAUUUUCUGUGUACGCUGAUUGUGACCCUUAUACGAUGGGCUACAUUACCAAAACAGAUCAGAUCAUAAUUUACUUCGUGAUCGAUAAACUGGGAUAUUUGCAAGGAAUUCCGGGGCUCUUCGUGGCUGCAAUCUAUAGCGGAGUUCUUAGCACCGUUUCCUCCGUCCUUAAUGCCAUGGCAGCCAUGGUCUGGGAGGACUUGCUGAGUGGCCUCGAUCGAUUCUCCAAGUUCUCACCUCAGCAAGAGAAGAUGGCAACGGUCGUCGUUUCCUCCGUAUUAGGCGUGAUUGCCACCAUACUUGGCUUGACGGCAGGCAACAUGGGAGAACUCUUCCAGAUGACCUACUCCCUCCUCGGGGCCAUUAACGGACCUGUCACAGGUCUCAUCUUGCUGGCCGUGGCCUUUCCCUGGGUGAAAGCAAAGAGCGCGAUUAUCGGCGCCCUUCUCGCCCUGGCUCUCGAUCUGUGGAUGGUCAUGGGGAGCAUGUUAUACGCCCCUCCGACUGAGAAGCUGCCCCUGUCCACUGAUGGAUGCCCUCGAACCACUCUAGGUGCCAAUGUGACAGAGGGGACGACUCCAUUCGUCACUACCACGUUCAUGAGCACCACGACAGAUGGCGGUAGUGACCCCGGAUCAGAGGUGUUUCCCCUGUACCUCGUCAGCUACUGCCUAUACGGAGCUAUUGGGAUACUGACAACGAUUGUUAUGGCAAACGUGGCUACGUUGAUUUUUGGCGUACAGGCCAUCUCGAAAGUACCAAAGGACACAGUGCACAAACAGAGUCUACAGUUCUACGCGUGGAUGAGAUCCCUCUUGGGCAAAUCAGACUCCUCCAGAAGCAACAGCCAGACAAGCAUCGGCAAAGAGGGCAAAGACCUCGAGAUUUGCAAAAUAGACGAAGCAAGCAAAGACAGGACUACGAGUCUGUGUUCCAGUACAAAGAGCAAAAACAGAGCGGAGGAAGAAACACAAGGCUCAGUUAACGCGGCCUUUGAUGCAGAAAAUCAUCUGUAGUUUUGUCUUUAUUUGUGUGUAGUGGCGUCAUUACCUAUUUGAAGUAAUUUAAGAGCAACUGGGUUUAUAUGAAUGUACUUACCCCUCUAAUUCAAGAAGUGUUUAUCUGUGAGAGGUGUAACCUGACAUCAACCAUACGGCGGUAAAUGAAGUAGUGGGGCGGUUUGAUACGCAAAACAGCCUUGUUACCGGAGCCACGCAAGAUAGUGUGCUUAGUUCGGAGUGGGAGGGAAAGGUGGCAAAAACCAGAUAAUCGCCGGAGCUAACGCCCAGACCAGUGCCGAACCAGGAACCAUCACUUUUACCAGGAAUGUUAAAUUUAGUUCAUUUUGAAAGGACGCCUUGUUAAAGCUUUGCAACUUGUUUAUGUUUCAGCCAUCUGGGAAGUGCUAGGACUGUCGUGUAUUAUUGGUUCAGUUCGUCAAGCCUUCCCAUUCCUGCAGUGGUGAGUUUGGCUUGCUUGCUAUUUAUGAGAAGCUGCAGUGUAAUUAACUCAAUGUCAGACGCGGUUGCUUGUGGUAACCAUAGUUAUUGUGGCAACUAACGUUUACUGGGAGAGAUCAGGUGAAAAAGAGGGGGGUAAAGUUAUGAUAAAAAAUGAAGGAAAAAACAUGACUGAGAUGGGUCAGAGAACCAGUUGCUUUAUAUGUGAUAUCAACAUUGAUUCAGUGAUUUUGUAUGCAGUUUUUUUUUACAUAUAUCUUUAAAUACUGAGAAAAUAGUAUGUAUAAGAAAGACUGGAACGUUUAAUUGUCUUGAUGCACCACAUGGUAUGAAACUACAUAGAAAUAAU